AUGCAGAUGGAUGGACCUCGACGGCGCCCCCUACAACUUCAAGGGGAUCAACCCUCACCUGAGACCUAUCCCAUGCCCAACACCGCUUGCAUCCCCAGAGCCACCAAACUCUGCCUCGGUUUCGCCUUCAGCUUCUUCUCAGUUGAUCACUUGCGCGUCAAGCGCCCUCAGCCUGUUAUUCGAAGUGCUCAAACUCUUUCAUCUGCCAUUCAUACGUUCCAGCCGCUUCCUCUGAUUGCUGGUCGUUGUUGUUAUUCAUCCGACACCAGUGACAGCAUUUGCGCUAUCAGGAACUCAGCCAGCAUCUCCAUUGUGGACGGUGCAGUUUGUCUUGUACGUGGUGACCAAAUAGCUGGUGAAAGGGCGGCUUCAUCUCCCGUCGACUGCCACGCCAAAGGCCCUAGUCUGGAAGAAGCUCAGCAUGAUUCUCAAGCAAAUAGAACGACGUGA